AUGCCACAUGAAUCCAAGCAUACUUAUGCAUCAUCUUCACAUGGAACACAUGCUAGAAUGCACAAGGCUGCUUAUACCUCCAAGGUCAAGAUUGACGUACACAGACCCGGGGAGAAGAGAUUUAGUCCUUUAUUCAUUCCCCAACCUAACCCGAAUUUUAGGAAAGCAAAACAAGUUUGGGUGACUAUGAAGAACCUUGAGAAAAUCACUAUCUCAACCAAGUUGGAGGUCCUGAGUGCUUCUAGCAAG